GUUUGAGUAAUUUUUGUGUUCAACUAGGGUUUAGUUAUAUAAUAAAUUAGGGUUUAUGUUAUAUAAAUAAUUUUGGUCUCUACAGUUAAAUGUAAGCAACACAAGUCUGAGGAUGAAGAAGGGUGGUACAAAGAUCGAGAUUCCCAACAGCCGCAGCGAGAAGCUCGUUGGUCUGCUUCACGAGACAGAAUCAAAAGAAGUUGUGGUCUUGUGUCAUGGAUUCAGAUCGAACAAGGACAACACCAUUCUCAAAAACAUCGCUGUGGCUUUAGCCAAAGAAGGCAUCAGCGCUUUUCGUUUCGAUUUCUCUGGUAACGGAGAGAGCCAAGGCGAUUUCUACUAUGGCAACUUCAACAGUGAAGCUGAUGAUGAUCUGCAUUACGUUAUCCAGCACUUGUCUAAUGACAUGAACCGUGUGGUUCCUGUGAUUCUCGGGCAUAGUAAAGGAGGUGAUGUGGUUCUUCUCUAUGCGUCUAAGCAUGGAGGAGAUAGUAUCCGCAAUGUGGUGAAUAUCUCUGGACGUUUUGAUCUUACGAAAGGCGUACGUCUCGGAGAUGAUUAUAAGGAAAAGAUUAAGGAACAAGGAUACAUCGAUGCCGUAGAGGACACGGAAGAAUCUUUAAUGGAUAGGUUGAACACGGAUAUGCAUAAAGCUUGUCUCAAGAUUGAUAAAGAAUGCAAAGUCUUGACGGUUCAUGGGUCUGAUGACACUGUAGUACCUGUGGGAGAUGCUGAAGAGUUUGCAAAGGUCAUACAAAACCACAAGCUGGUGAUUGUGGAAGGAGCUAAUCAUGGUUACACCAAACAUCAGAAGCAAUUGGUUUCAACGGUUGUGGAGUUUAUAAAGACUGUGAUUGUUGAAGAAUAACUAGUCAGUUUGUCUUUGGAUAAUAGUUCAUGAUGCCAAAUGAGUUCAUGUGUUUUUUUUUGCUCAUUAGUUUCAUCAAAAUUUAUGUUCAAACUCAAUUUGUUUCUAGUUACAUUCAAUCCAAAUAUUGAAGUGUAUUUUUUGGUUUAAUAUUACAAUGAAAGCGAC